AUGGAAUACAUAAAGAUUGCAAAAGUGGACGAUGUUUUGCUUCAUCGAAGAGGUGCUGUGACUCGAGGAACCUUGCAUUUAACUACUCAUCACCUCAUUUUCACUUCAGAUGCAUUAUCUAGAGAAUUUUGGGUUUCCUAUUCUACUAUUGCAUCUGUGUUCAAGAAUCAUGGAAGCGCCCUCAUUUCAAGAAUUGACCAACAUAAGGAAUUCAUGUCGCAGGACGCCAAUUAUAAAGAUUUAUACAAGGGAAAGGAUCUAUGGUCAUUUAUAAAUAUAAAGAUUAUCGGAAAGGAUUAUACGGUUUUCUCAAUUGAUCUCAGUAAUGAAAUAGAGGCCCGGGAUGUAUUUGAUUCGCUGCUGAAACUCACGGUACUGAAGGAUAUUUCCCUGUCUUAUGCAUUUAUUUAUUCGCCAAGCAGUGCCGAAUCUCAAUUUAACAGCUGGCAAAUUUAUGACACGAUGGUUGAAUUCAAAAGGCAGGGACUCGAUCUGACGUCGUCUGAGUGUGGCUGGAGAUUGAGUAAUCUAAACAACGAUUACAAAUUUUGCCCGACUUAUCCUAGUAAGCUUGUUGUCCCCAGUGAGAUUUCAGAUACUCUAUUAAUGCAUGCUUCGAAAUAUCGAUCACAGGGACGUAUACCAGUGCUGACAUAUUACUAUAAGAAAACAAAGUGCUCAAUCACUAGAGCUGCACAGCCUUUACCGGGUAUAAUCAAGCAAAGAUCCAUUCAAGAUGAGCGGCUCGUGGCUGAGAUUUUCAAGACCUCAGGAAAGGGCAACAAUGGCUUGCUACAGCAAAAGAAUAUCGUUGUUGAUGCAAGACCCACAGCUAAUGCCAUGGCCCAGGCGGCUCUUGGAGGUGGAAGUGAGAAUAUGGAUAACUACAAUUUCAACAAGACUUGCUCGCGGGUAUUUCUAGGUAUAGAUAAUAUCCACGUCAUGUCGGAUACGCUAAGUUAUAUGGUUGACCAUUUCUUGGUGGAUGGUGAUCUUAAUUUACCAAUCGACAAAGCCUCUUUGAAUGCCGGAAAAAGCUUCAGUUGGAUUAAACAUGUAAGACUUUUGUUGUCAUCGACUGAUACCCUGGUAAAGUCGAUUAUCUUUAACAGGUCUAAUCUUCUAGUACAUUGCUCAGAUGGUUGGGAUCGUACAGCACAAAUUUGCUCACUGGUACAAAUAUGCUUAGAUCCUUACUUUAGGACAAUGGAAGGUUUUAUGGUCUUGGUUGAAAAGGACUGGCUGUCUUUUGGGCACAAAUUUCAAGAAAGAUCUGGGCUUCUGAGCUCAGAAAGUGUGUUCCAUGAUAAUACAAUGGGAUUUAGUGGACUUUCUAACUCUUCCGCGGACGUCAAUUCAAGUACAACGUUGUUUGGAAAAGAUGGUAAUGAGCUAUCAGAAAUGGAUAGCAUAGUUAACAUGACCUCAAGCACCGUCUUAAACUCCGAUAUAGUGAACAAGGUUUCGGAGCAUUUCAAGAAGAGGAAGAAGAAUAAAAAUAGCCUGAAAUUUAGCUCACCUAUCUUUCAGCAGUUCUUAGACUGCAUUUAUCAGUUAUUGACCCAAAAUCCCACAUUGUUUGAAUUUAAUGAGCGCUUUUUGAGACGACUAGUGUAUCACGUUUACUCAUGCCAGUAUGGUACUUUUCUCUAUAAUAAUGAGAAAGAUCGUUUAGAGUUCGAGGUCGAUAAGAAAACAAGAAGCGUUUGGGAUUAUUUCAGGUCAAGAAAAUCGGAAUUCAUAGAAAGAGAUUAUGUCCCAUGCCAAGCAACUGGUGAGGAGGAUGAAAACGAAGUCACUUGGAUUUUACCUGAUUUACACAAAGUAGAGUGGUGGUGGCAAUUGUAUGGAAGAAGACCUGAGGAGAUGAAUGGUCCUAGUGCAGUACCCUCUUGUGAUUCUAUGGGUGCGGAGUUAAACGCGUUAAAGACAGACGUGCCUGAGAGAAAUACAUCCAAAAGUGCAGGGAUAAAGUUCCCCAAGUUCGGUUUAGAGCUCUUUGGGAAACGCUGA